AGGGGGAGUUAAAGAGAUGCUUCUAGCGCGUGUGCAGCAGCGGUAGUAGCCGUGGCGGCAGUCAGCAGCCCAUCCUCCGCUCCAUGUACCCUGGUCUCUCCCGUGCAGCCCUUCUCCUUCCCGCUCACUCUAUAUUUCAUCCCUUUGUGUUUUGUUUAGCGCGUGGACAUGUCUGCCAGACCGGGGUUUUACCGACAGGAGCUGAAUAAGACCGUCUGGGAGGUACCGGAGCGCUAUCAGAACCUAACGCCGGUGGGCUCCGGGGCGUACGGCUCCGUGUGUUCUGCUUAUGACGUGGUGCUGCGUCAGAAAGUUGCUGUGAAGAAGUUAUCCAGACCGUUCCAGUCCCUAAUCCACAGUCGGAGGUCAUAUAGAGAGCUGAGGUUACUCAAACACAUGAAACACGAGAAUGUAAUAGGACUGCUGGAUGUCUUCACACCUGCUGCUGCUCUUGAGGAUUUUAAUGAGCUCUACCUGGUGACCAACCUGAUGGGUGCCGACCUCAACAACAUUGUGAAAUUUCAGAGACUGUCGGACGAACAUGUACAGUUUUUAAUCUACCAGCUCCUCCGAGGGCUCAAGUACAUUCACUCAGCAGGAUUAAUACACAGAGACCUAAAGCCCAGUAACGUUGCAGUCAAUGAGGACUGUGAACUCAGAAUCUUAGACUUUGGCCUGGCCCGACAGACAGAUGAUGAGAUGACAGGGUACGUGGCUACUCGCUGGUAUAGAGCGCCAGAGAUCAUGCUCAAUUGGAUGCACUACAACCAGAAUGUUGACAUAUGGUCUGUGGGAUGCAUCAUGGGAGAGCUUAUAAAAGGAAAGGUUCUGUUUCCUGGUUCUGACUAUAUUGACCAACUAAAACGAAUCAUGGAGGUGGUGGGGACCCCAACACCAGAUCUACUGCAAAAAAUCUGCUCUGAACAUGCACAGAAAUACAUCCAGUCUCUGCCCUACAUGCCCCCACAAGACUUGGAGAAGAUCUUCAGAGGAGCAAACCCUCUAGCCGUAGACCUCUUAAAGCGCAUGCUGGUUUUGGACUGUGAUGGGCGGAUCUCGGCGAGUGAAGCUCUGGCCCACCCGUACUUCUCACAGUACCACGAUCCAGAGGACGAGCCCGAAGCCCCACCUUAUGACCAAACUCUAGAGAGCAAAGACCGCACCCUAGAGGAAUGGAAAGAGUUGGUUUUUGAAGAGGUGAACAGUUUUAAAACUCCAGUCUGCAGUGGUGACAGUCUUCAGGCAGAGCAAUAAGCCUCUAAUGGCUAUGAACUCAUUCUAAGUGAAAGGAAGACUGGAACAUGAGUAUGAUUAUAAACCUAUGACCAAGGCCAAGAAUAUGCCCUGCUCAGUUUUGCCUUCUUCAGGUUCAUCUGAGCAAAAUACUGGGACAAUCUCCAAUGUAUCAGAAAGCUGGACUUCAGGGAUGACUAUGAAUGGAAGGAUUCAUACAAGGAUGCAACUUAAACUGUUUACAAAGAAGGAAAAAUGCACUCUAGGAUUUCCAAAGUGACAGCACAUAUGGACCAUCAACUACAAUGGCUUUAGAAUACUAGAAUAUACACAGCCAGCCAUAGCAUUGUAAGCAUAUAGGACUGAAUGGAAAGAAAUGGGAGCCCCUGAACCAAUCAAAGGGUUGACAACAGGAUAAUUAAUCAGUUGUUUAUAUGGGCCGUAUAUAUUUAGAUAAUUACAAUUAGGCCUGCACAAAUUAUUCCAGUUUUGUGUCAAGUAUUGCAAUUGCAGUUUGAUUUUCAAUUUAUGUUUAAAAAGUAGGAUUCUGUUCAGAGUGCGCAAUGCAAACAACUCCAGCAUUCAGAGAAGACAAACUAAUACAAGAAUCACAUGACAAACUAAUACAAGAAUCACAUGAAUUUCAGAACAUGUUUGUUGAUUUGUCUAUAAAAAUACAUGAUACUUCGUUCUUUGCAGAGGGCAUUCUAUUAGCGAAAUAAAUGAAGUCUUUGUGAUGUGUUACUUUCAUUUGAUUGGGAUAUUGUGCAGCCCUGUUUACAAUGUUAUGUUUGAUCAGUGUAUAUCAAUGGCUUGCUGCUAUAUCACAUCAUUAUCACUAAAACUGCUUUGCAAUUAACCACCAUACUCUACUGCAUGAACCAAACUCAUAUUAACAAAAUAUAUGACUAUAGGUCUGUCUGUGUGUACUGUUGGAAACUUCUCACUUUCUCUGAACUACUUCAUCCACAUAAUAACUGCAAUCCAAAUGUUUGUUUAUAAAUGAUCUGGUUUAAUAUUACAAGAUUAAGCAGUCAGCAGAGAUUUUGACACUAUCUGUAAUUACUUUGUAUCAAAUGUUAUUCUAAAUGACUAACUUUUUCCCCAAAAAAUAUCUGUCCUUGCUGUACAUAAGGGACUUAGUAGCUUAUAACAGAUAACAGAUAACCAAAAAGUUAAAUAUUUGUUAUGAGCCCAAAUCUGGUUAUUAAAACAGAUGACUACCUAAUGUAUAAUGCAGUCCAGUGCAGGUUCCACACAUAGGACCAAAGAGUUCCUUAUGUCACUCAGUUCAUUAAUUAGUAACAAUAUAAAACACUUAAUAUUUGCAAAGAAAAAUUAUGUCAAAUGUAUGCAAGUUUAAUCUUUUCAUCACUGAAUGUUUAAGUAGUGUCUUUCAUUCUGGAUACAAUGCUUAAAACAUAACGGCUGCAAUAUUACUUCUGAAAACUUUUAAUUUGAUAUUUUGUGGAAAUUUGUAAUCCACUAAAGGAGUAGAAGGAUUCAUUUCAACAACACAGGAAAGUAACAAAUAAAUCACAAAAAGCUACCUAUGACCUAACUGUUAUUAUUUUUUUCAGUGGUACAGUCUGAAGAUUCUCUUGUAGCCUUUACCCACUUUGGUGGACAUUAUUGUUUGUCUCAUUUUGAGGUGUCAAAACUUGGGAUUUAUUUUGAAUGUUUGGUGUAAAAUGGGCAAUGUAAAUGGUGAAUGUGAAUAGUACCUGCAAACUGAAUGUAUACUAUAACUGUAUGUAUGUACUGUGAGUAUUUGAGUACUUGGAAAUGCAUGUAGUCACGACUACCUGAGGUGAAUGCCGCCUUCAUCCAUCUGCAAGUCUUGGCC